AUGGCGGUUCUUUCCCCGGUUCUACUCGCGAUGUGGCUGCUGGGAGGUGCCUUGAGCCACCGGUUGCAGGACACGGUCUGGGCGCACCGGUUGCAGGACACGGUCUUGGCGCCGAGGGUGGUAGAGGGGGAGGCGGUCAGCGCGGAGCAAAUUCAGAGCGAGCUGCAGCGCGAGUUGCCAGAGUCAGGACAUUCCCAGGCAUACUACCCCAUGUUCAGGGCCCCCCGAGAAAGGAGCGUCCUGUUUCUGCAAGGGGCAUUGGAUGGGCGAACGGACAACACAACUUGCCAGCACCAGUUGGGUGGACUCCUGAAAGCUCUCAUCGACGCCUGCAUUGAGAAAACCGGGGCCGGACUGGCGGACGCUCAUACUUACGAUCACAGCCAGCUGUUCGCUCCCUUCGGCUUGAAGCCGAAGACUUGCACGGAGAGCGCUAAAGACAUCUUCUUUCACGGCGAGGACUUGGUGGGCGCCUAUCGCGUGCCGCUGGAGCUGGUGGCAGAUGGCAAGGUGCCAGAAGCGACUUUACCUUUCGUGCAAAGCCUGGACUUUCUCAAGUCCUGGUUCGUCCCACUGGCAACCGCCAAAAAGGAUGCACUUAUUUGGGCUGGUUUUUGGACAGAUCCCCAUGAUUCUCAUGGGAAGCGGAGAAGGACUUCAGUCGAGACGCUAGCGGAGUUUGCACAGCGAACCAAUCACGACACCGUGCAUCCUGACACAGUACUGGGAACUCUCAUCGAAGAGCACGGGGCCUUGGGCCGUUGCUCUGACACCAACGAACAGUACUUGGUAGAGAAUCUCUGGAAGCUGGCAAGCUUUGCCUUCGUCUCCGGCAUGCGGAAGAAAGGUCAGAACGCCAUCGUUGCUUUGGUGAAUAAGGCGUUUGAGGGCGAGCGCUCCUUGCAAAGGUCAGUUCUCUUCAAAUACGAGGUGCCGACGCUGGGGCUUGCGGCGUGGGGCCUGGGCUACUGGUCUCCCACCGUGCUCCUCAUCGACUUGAAAGGCACGUGUGCCCGGACGAGCCCGGCGCUGCGCAGGCAGAUGUUUGGAGCUCUGAAACCUUGGUAUAUUGACAGGAGGAAGGAUCAUUGGAGGUCGCAAGAGUUUGCUGCGAAAUCUCGUGUCACCUGGCAGUGCUGGAACUGUCCGAAGUCCAGUUGUAAGCUCGACCAGCAGCUGGCCGCGCGCGUGAAGACUGUGCAGCAGGUGCAGAAGAAGAAGAUCGCGCAGGAUGAUGACAUGAUGAAAGCUGCAUGGCUCGGCAAACGGGACGUGGUCAGCAGAUUGCUGGAGCAGAAGGCAGACAUCCGCUACCAGGAGCCGGUCGCUGGUCGGACUGCCUUGCACUACGCUGCGAAGCACGGGGGUGCCAAAACGGUUAGCCUGCUGCUCAUGAAACAGGCAGACAUCCAUUUGAAGGACCAGGCCGGCAAGACACCCCUGCACGUGGCUGUCGAAAAUUUCGCAGUUGGCCGUGGGCAUUCUGGGACGGAGAUGGUUCACAUGCUCCUCAAGGGCAGGGCAGACGUAAACGCUCGCAAUGACAAGGGCCAAACUGCACUCCAAGUGGCACGUGAAAUGCGGGUCGAAAGCUUGGACCCGGCGGUGGUGAGAAUGCUGAAGAGCUUGGAAGAAGACCUUGCGCAACAUCCUUCAGAGUGA